UUUGGAGAGAAAGAAAGGAUGUCUUCAUGUGAGCACAUAUUUGAGUUUCCAGAGCAGCUUUGCUAUGUCCAGUGCACCUUCUGCGACACCAUUCUACUGGUAAGUGUACCAUGUAGUAGCAUGUUGAAAAUGGUAACAGUGAGAUGCGGUCACUGCAACAAUCUUCUGUCUGUGAACAUGAAGCUCAGAGCCUCUUUUCUCCCUCUACACCUCAUCUCUUCCCUCACUAAUCAGGUGCCAACUCUCUCUCUCUCCCUGUCUCAGGCGAGUCAAGAACUUCGCAUCGAUACACCAAUAAACACAUCAUCUCCAAAAAAAGAUGAAAUCACCCCUCCCAAACAUGUGAAUAAACCUCCAGAGAAGCGGCACAGGGCUCCAUCUGCGUAUAAUCGGUUUAUAAAGGAAGAGAUACAAAGGCUCAAGGCCAGAGAACCCACUAUAACCCACAAGGAAGCUUUCAGCGCAGCAGCCAAAAAUUGGGCUCAUUUCCCUCGCAUUCCUUUCAACGUAGAGGCUGAUGGUUGCACUCAAGAAGAAGGAAAUGGUGAUGAGGUUUGAGAAGAGGGAGAAGUUUGGUGGAUGGAGGUUAAAGGGCUUUUUGUGGGAAGCGCGUUUUGUGUGGGGCUUUUUUUUUGUCGGUAGUUCAGUAGGGAUAGAGUCUCCUACUUAUGAUAGGAAUGGAACUUAAAACUUCAUUACGUGAAAAUCUAUCACCUUGCUAAAGCAGAGAAAUAGAAUGGAGGGAGAAAUUUGAAUUCUGAUUGUUGUGGAAAGAGGCAUUUUUGGUAAAGAAAUAUUUAAAGGCAAUUCUUGUCUUGAGAAGGGUAUUCCCCAUGAUAUAUGAGGAGAUUCAGGACUGAUCCAAUUUAACCCUUUAAUGGCCUUGUGAA